UUUUCAGCUAUGUAUUAAAUUAGAAAGCCAAGCAAAGAAUAAGGCUCUGUUUUUCUCUUGGCCAAAACCAAACAAGGAAAGUUAGGAACAGAUACAUAUUGUAUUUGUAAAGUAAAGCUAAAUAUUUAUUCUCCUUUAUAAGCUUCUGAAAUUCAUCAAACAUCAGUAUUUUCAUUGCAAAAUUUUGCCAAAAGUAUCAUAAAUGGAGCCAAGAAAUAUGAAAUUUGAGUAUGUUUUGCCUUCCUCUUGGUGGACUGAGACUGCUGUUUCCCAUUGUUUGCUCAUUGACAUUCCAGGAUUCAAGGAGGAGGAAGUGAGGAUUCGAACCGACGACCACGGUCACGUCAUCGUGAGCGGAGAAAGGCAGGCCAACGAAAGCAUCAUCCUACACUUCGAGCAGGCAUAUAAGGUACCCGAAGAUUGCAAUAUACAAGAAACCAAUGCCAUCUUAGAGGACAACACCUACUAUGUCAAAAUUGCUAAGAAACUCAAUUCUGAAGUUGAGAACUCAAUCUCAACCUCAGUUCACGAAGACCGUCAUGCUCAAGAAAGCAGCACGUCUAAUGGUGUUGACAACACCAACAACGAUGAUUCCAACCAGAACUGCCAAGAAAUUGCCAAGGGAGAGAGGCCGGACUCUAGUUUCCGGCAGAAACUAUCAAAGAUGGUGAAGACGAAGAGAUGCUUUGUUUUGACAUCUUUAGUAGCAUUUUCACUAGGAGUUCUUGUAUCUCACCGUUACCAGUCCACUACACAGGUUAAAAUCGAAACAUCUCAACAAAGACUGUUUUACAGAUAUGAUAUAGCCAUUAUUUAGUUA